GGUGAAGAGUGCAUUCGUCCUCGUAAAAGAACAUUGUACAGUGUCCAGGGAAGACAUGAUGGUUUCUCCCUGCAAGAACCGGGGCUCUCUGGCAUACCCAACACGAGCCCUAGAAGAUUCAGAGAUUGGGACUUAGCGGAUGCCAGAUCAGCACCAAAACCGAAACUGGAUAUAGCACUUCACGAGUUGGAAGAGCGACAUCUUAUCUUACACACGGAGUGA